GUACCGACUUAUGUGAAGGAGAAGCGCGUCUGGAUUGAAGCAAAAGACUUAGAAGAAGCAAACAAGUUGUUCGGCGCCAAAGAGCAGAUAGACUUGAAGAAGACUAUCAAAGUGGGAUCAAUUUUGGUGGUUGGACAAGGUUUGAAGAACGGGGUGGUGGCAGAGGUUUUGAGCAAUAGAGAGUUGCUGUUACAAGCGCCAGUGGCGAAGGCAGAAACGAG